GCUCUGAACCUCUCCGUUCUGUGGAGUGUGGUGUUACGCUGAAGGCAGCUUGGCCAGCCUUCCUUGCAUGACACUGUGAAAGUCUGUAGUUUCGGGGGAGGGUGCAGCACACAAAGUAUAUCCACAUCUGCUCCAGGAAUCUCAGUGGCAUAGCAAGGCGAUCCCAGGCUGAGGAAAAGAGCUACGUGCAACUGGCUGCCUGCAGACCUGGGAAUGAGAUAUUGUCCUCAGUCAGUGAUGGUGGCCAGGGGGGAUUUCUGUGUGCUCUUCUCCAUGGUUUUGUUCAGCACCCAGGCCUUCCCACAGACAAAUAUUAAAAUCAGCCAAGCUAUGCCAGAGCCCAUUCAGUCCUACUCCUGCCCACUAUUCUGGACAGACUAUGAAGGAUACUGUUACAGAUACUUUCCCAUCAAUAAAACAUGGGCUGAAGCUGACCUGUAUUGUGCUGAGUUUUCCAUUGGCAUAAAAUCAGCCAAGUUAGCUUCCAUCCACAGCUGGGAAGAGAAUGUCUUUGUGUAUGACCUGGUGAACAGCCGUGUGCCUGGGAUACCAACUGAUAUCUGGAUGGGACUCAGUGAUCUAAGACAGGAAGGGCAUUUUGAAUGGACGGAUGGCACAUUGUAUGAUUAUAACUACUGGGAUGGCAACCAGCCAGAUGAUGGGAUCCACUCUAUUCCAGAAGAGGAAGAUUGUGUGCAGAUCUGGUACCGAUAUAACAGUGCGUUACGGUCAUGGAAUGACAACAGCUGCGGUAAAGAAUUCCCGUUUGUCUGCAAGAUUCCAUCGCUGGCAGUAGAUUAGCUCACUCCUGGGGUAACAGAACAACCACAGGCCACACUUUAAAAUACUGGAACAGCGUCUGUCUGACUGAGGACCUUCGUGAUGCCAGAGAGACAUUUUUAGUGGUUCAUAUAAUUGGGUAUAUGUCUGAGGCCAGCUGCUGUACCUAGACAAUACCUUACUCAACUUUUGCUUUUGUGCCCAAGCAGUGGCUGACCAAAGAGCACCGGUGAAUAGUAAAGCAAGUAGGACUGUUACAGUAUAUUUUUUAUGGUCUGGAAGCAAUUUCAAUAUCGCCUCCUUUGCCAGGGCUGUUGUGUGACCCAACAAAGAAUUUCAAAACCUAUAAACAUCAUUAAGCAAUGGAUGAAAAGGUGCAAGAAGGUGGCAAAAGUCUGACUGUCUGGGCCUCAUUCACAUAAGUGGACCCCACUGAUCUUUGCCUGUUGAACUGGGUUCAAAAUCUAUAAACCUCUCUCAUGUUAUGAUGAGCAGGUUGUAAUGCAGAAUACAUAUUCUGUCUCACUCCUCAACUCUGUUGAAAGAAGGGCUAUGCAGUCACACUAAGGGCCUAAUUUAGGUCUUAUUCAUACUAGAUGGUUUCAGUGGAGUUACUCUUCAUAAUUGGCACCUGAGCUCAGAAUCAGGCUUGAAAAUCUGUACCAGUGCCAUACAAAUAAAGUAGCACAGGGUAGAUAUUGAAGUCCAUGAUUAGAUCAUACUUACUUUUUACUCAGUUGAAAGGAGAUGGGAGUCAUGCUUGAAGGGACACCAUGUAAAAGCUGAGUUAGGAAUUUCAUAUUUGAGCUUCUAUUUGGAUUUAAGCAUAUCAACCUGUUUUAUGAGAGAUCCAUUACAUUAUUACAAACACUAAAAGCUGGAAUCAUAAAGUAAUAGCUGACUGAAGUGGUUUUGCCCAAGGGAAUUGGGGUGUGGAUCAUUUUCUGCUAAGUUUGGCAGAAAAUGUGGCAUUUUUCUGAAGUCCCCCCCACCAAA